GAAUUAGAUUAUCUUCCUUAGCCUCAAGUAUUUAUAAUAAUAAGAUUUAAAGUACAUAAAUACCCCUCAUAGACAUCUCUUAACACUAUCCAAGGUCUAGCCUAGUUCUAUGUUAGAACAUCUAAUUCAAAAUCAAUUGGUAAUGAGUGGAGGGGUCCAUUAAGCAUAUAAACUAACCUUUGGUGACCUUAAUUUUUUGAUGUGGAAUACAAGCUCCCUUUACAAAAGGAUGUAAAAAUAACCUUAAUACCCUCAUUGUCUCACUAUCUCUCCCUGCGUCCCACCGAGUUUGCCUCUGAACUGAAAUGACCUUGCACCAACCUCACCAGAGAGGUGAGGGAAGUGGCGAUGUUAAAAGGAAGAAUAUAAAGUUAUAGAGUACGUUUUUUUCUUCUCAAAGAAGUUGUAAGGGCAGUUCUGUCCUCGUUGGCAAUCAUACUUUGGGCAGUUAACAUGUUUGGUCCAUGGAGCUCACAAAUUAGGCUUCUGUGUCACAUUUUUUGGAAAAUUAGGCAGAUGUAAUAGAAGUUGUACAUUGCUCCAAAACCAUAAGAGGGUUAUGUGACUAAUUUCAAAUCAUAGGGAGGUAAAAUGCUACGUCGCAAACCAUGAGGGCAAAAUGGAAUUCACGAUUAGUUUUUGGGUUUUUAAUGUUUGCCAGUCUUUGAAUGGGUUGUAGAUUUUAAGUCCGCUGGCAGAUUGCCACUUUUAAACUUUGUUAUAUAUUUACCCUUUUCUUAGGAAGCGGUCGCAAUGAUCAAACAAAUCGAAGAGCCAGAGAAGGCAGCAAAGAGGCUGAUGCAGGAAGCAUAUCAGAGAGGCAGUGCGGAUAAUAUCACUACCGUUGUUGUCCGUUUCUUGGCCAACCAAGAGGGAUCUUCUCAUAGUGGCUCUG